AGACUGAACUCUGGGGGCUUGGGAGCUGUGGAGACAGUGGGACUCGAGGGUGGAGAUCCCUGAGAGGGAGGAGGCCAGAGACGCAGAGGGUGCGUACGGAGCAGAGCUGGGUCUUUGGCCGUUUCGUGGUGCCAGGGGAGAGCGGAGGGCCUGGCAGGAGCAACAGCCCUAAAAAUGCCAGUCUCUCCGCUCGGACCUUGGGUGGCCGGCCCCUCUGCUGCCCCGUGGAGGGAGACACCGUCCCAGUCCUCUCCUUUGUCACACACAGUGCCUGACUCUGCGUCUAGUCACUACUUACACUGGUAAAAGGGACAGAAAGGAAAGAGUGAGAGACCCACAGAAGAUUAAGAUGCUGGAGUUGGCAGACAGAGUUUAAAAUAACCAAUUAAUAUUGAAAUUGGUAAGAUGGAGAGUUUCACAGAGAAUUAGAAUUCAUAAAAGGUUGAAAAUUCUAAAAGAGGAAAGUACAAUAACAAAUUUAAAAUUCAGUUAGGUGGAUUUAAAAGUAGAUGAGAGACAGCUGAAGAAAGGACCAGUGAACUGGAAGAUAAAUCAGUAGAAAAUCUCUCUGCAGACCUUGCCAUGACCAGCUCAUACUAUCCACACUGUCCUGGACUCUGAACCUUCUGGAGACCUGUUGGAUGGGGGGAGAGCCUGUUGAGGAAGCGUUCUGUGCUUGGGAGAGACUGAGGGGGCUUGGGGAUUUGGGGGACGCUUUUCACUCAACUUUGUUGGAAAUGUUACUCACUGGGAGUCUAGUCAGUGGAGCUCCGUGACUCUAGUUAAAUCUUUCAGGGCCUCAGGCAUCAGGAAUCUGAACCUGUUUGUUCAUGGGCUCAGGCUUAAGGUAUGCCAGUCUUCACAGCACACACCGUGGAAAAUGCCUCUGGUGGGAUGAAGGGCCAGGAGAGGCCUGUCUGUGACAUGCAGAAGGCGAGCACGUUGGCACUCAGGCCGGUGGGCCACGGGGCCCAGGUGUGGCCUGUGGCAGUGACGCAGCGGGCACUGGUGUAGCUGGUGAGGGGGCAAGGUCAGGGCUGUGCUGAGCAUGACUCUGAAACUGUUGUGGGUUAUAGCACUUCAUACACAUGCCAUUCUGAGAACCUUUCCAUCCUGGGUUAAUGGUUUCCUUAUAAUGAACAGAAAUAAAUUCAUGAGGGACGGUGAGCUAAGGUGGGGUCAUGGGCCAAGGCCAGUGGCUGAGCUGAGUGAUGACUGCUGACCCACACUGUCUGUCGGACACCGAUUAGAGCGGUGUCCCAGCAGAGACACUGACCAUCUCGAGUAAAGGAUGGAAGCCCCUUUGUCCUCCAGAGUGCUCUGUCUUGGGGCCAGUGAACACCCCUCUUGAGGGGAGAGAAGGAAUCCAGGUCAGGUCUGGCUGAGGGUGGGCACAGCAGCCGCUGGCUCCUGGGAGCUUCUGAUCAGUUCAUGCCAAGCGUCCGGGAGCCGCCUGGACGCCCUGCAGUGUCCCCUGUGCUUCAGGACAGGCGGCCUUGCCGGGUUCUCUGGGGGGUCCGUGAGGAGGGGACGUCCUCUCGUGUGGGAGGUAGGGGGCAGGAGGUGACAGGGCAGGUGAGCACAGGGCCUCUGCCCUUCAGGCAUCUUUCAGGGAUGAGACGGACGAGGUCCCUGCUCCUGUGCAGCUUGUGUUCUAUUAAUAGUGCAGAGGCUGGCCUUCAGUGAGCAUAAGCAGGUAGGAGCAAACACACUAAAACAAAGAAAACCAGUGAUAAGGGUCACGGAAAAGGGACACUGGGACCAUGCUAGUGGCAGGGUCAGGUGGGGGAGGGCGACCUCCCUGAGGAGGCGCGUGAGCGGAACCUGGGCGGCCCUGGGGCAGAGCGGGGCCCUGAGCUCACAUCGCCCAGCCCCUGGUGGGUGCCUGUUUUCCCCUUAAGGACAGGAGGAACCCAUGACAGAUUCUAAGCCGGGGAGUAGGGUGAUCUGAUUCACAAGAUGUGUGGGUGCUGUGUGGAGACUGGACUGUGGGGAGAGUUUCUGGGAGUGGGGAGACCAGUGGGCGGGUUUGCUUGUGUUUGGGGAAGGACAGGCACGGGCGAACCAGAGUGGGUGGAGCUGAGGAAAAGCAGGGACCCCAGGGAGCCUGAGGCGUCCGGCAUCUGGGCAGGUGGGGCCAUCGUGGGAGGGGGCGCCCCCAUUGUGUGUGUUAGACCUAGAGGUCCAAGGGACCCUCAGGCCGAAGAAGUAACAGGUUCAUUUUUAAAUCGUUAAGUCCAAACAGUUUAAGUACAGUAUUUAUAUCCUAACAACUUAUAAUAGACAUUUGGAAAAUAAUGUAAACAUAAAAUUUUUUCAUUGCAUUUUUAAGUAGCCGUAAUUUCUUAGGAGUGGAACAUUUGCCUGUCAGGCUCUUCUUGAAUUUUGGAAUCAGACUGGACAUGGUCACCCUUGUUGCCUUUUCCAUGUCGACUUACACAGUAAUUGCCUUUUCAGUAACUGCCAGAAACCUAGCUUUGCAGACAUGAAAUUACACAAAGCAAUGUAGCAAGAUGUCAUGUUGAAACGCUGGAGUGUCGAGAGAUGUUUAGUAUCACAGUUUUCCCCAAAAGUAAAACGCAUCCUGCCGUGCCGGCAGCUCCGCUGUGGGCUCCUCCGGGCACUGCUGCUCUGCGCCCUUCUUUUCCCUGGGUCUGUGGGCCUUCUGUCUCCUGGGCCACAUGUUGGUGUGCAGGUCGUACCCCUCCACCCCAAGUUCUUGGGGGCGCUCACUGGGUCUUUUUUUUUUUUUUUUACUGCACUGGAUCUUAGUUAGCAUGCAGGAUCUUUUAGUUUUGGCAUGUGGGAUCUUGUUCCCUGACUAGGGAUCAAACCUGGACCCUCUACAUGGGGCGUGUGGAGUCUUAGCUACUAGACCACCAGGGAAGUGAUGGUGUAGGAUAGGAUGAAGUUUUAAGAUGUGAGAUGAUCUUUUUGUUCUAUCUGUUGAUCCUUAAUACAGACUUUAUUUAGAGUUGAAGAUAUUGAGGUUCAAAGUGGUCGAAGGUGCAGUGGGUGAGCCUGGACUGGGCCCCACACCCCUGACUCUUGGCUGGGCUCUUCCCGGGCUGUGCUGCCUGCCUCUCUGUGGGCCUAACUUAGGGCUGCUGGUGUGGCCGUGGAGCUGGGCACUUGGUGCAAGUGAGGCCAUAGUUGGGACCUUUUUUCUGGCAGGUUGGUGAGGGAGGGCAGCUCUUUGGCACAUAAGGGGCAGUGUUUGGUCGAUGGGGGAACAGGGGUGCCAACAGGUGCCUGUGUCCCUGCAAACUGGGGAGCGGGGUCCAGGUACCCUCCGUAUGAGCCACGGCCGUGCCACCUACUGGUUUAUCCUCAUGCUCCUCUCAGAGAGCUUCACCUGCGUGUCCAGGCGAAGUCCAUGGAAGAGAGUUCAAGGCACCUAUUCUGGAUGCAUUGAUGGUCUUGGUUAGUGGUUAGAAUCUUCAUUUUGAUCCUCUUGCAGUCUUGGAGAUUUUAAACAGGAGAGUCAGCAAUCAGAUCUUUGCAAAAGGCUGCAGGGGGGCUCCUGGCAGCCUGAGGGCAAGGCCACGUGACCCUGCAUUGUAGGUGCCAUUUCGAGGAGCUGACUAGCAUUCCUGCUGACCGCCAGAGCUGUCCGUCAGCAUGUUCUCAUUACUUUAGGGGGUUCUGGUCUUGGUUUACUUUGAGUUGUUUUUAAUCCUGUGUCCUCCUCCUUCAUGACCAGCUCACCACACCCAUGACACUUCUGUGAUUUUGACCUUGGUCCUUGAAGACUGCUCUUCUCAGGCUGCUCCUGCUCCCUGAAGCCCAGUCCCCAUAGCCCUGCACACACCCCCCACACGCCCGCCACUGCAAGGCCCUUCCAUUCCAGGGAGGGACCCAGCCUUCCUACUUGCAGGGCUAUCGUUGGUGACCACCGCCUCUCCCUAACGGGGCAGAGCCCCCAUUGAUGGGGUGAUGGGCUGAAUGAUGCCACCCUCCCUCCGAUAUUUCCGUGUCCUAAUCCCUGGAAACAUCACAUGGCGAAAAAGGAUCUCACGAUACGGAGAUGGUCCCAGGUUAUCUGGGAGGACCCUACACUCACUCACCUCCUUCUCUGAGGGUGAAAGAAUCGACAUGGAAGGCAAUGAAGUGGUGCAGCCACAGCCAAGGACACCAGGAGCCUCCGGAAGCUGAAGGGGGCGGAAGGGCCUCCCAGGACCUCCAGAGGGUGUGCAGCCUGUGACAGUUUGAUUUCAGCUCAGUGCAGUCAUUUGGAUCUCUGGCCUCUAAAAUUAGUAGAGAAUAAGUUUCUAUAGUUUUAAGCCAUGAAGUUUGUGGUGACUUGUUGCAGCAGCCACAGGAAGUGAAUACAAAUGGGAAGGCAAAGGAUUCCAAGAAGAAAUGACUGGACUCAAGGCCUGGCAGACCCCGAUCUGCUGCCUGACCGUGUUCUUGUGACUUACUCCUGUCACCUGCGCCUGCACACACAGGCUCUCCGUUGCUAGCAGUUAAGGUGGGCUCUGCAGCCCCUGCCCCUUCCUGGUGCCCACCGCCCUGAAGCCCCCACAGGGAAAGAUCAGGAAGCGGGGCUGGGGUUGGGGGGAGAGGGGUUUCUGGAACAGAGCCGCCACCAUGGGCUCCAUUCGCAACAGGGACAGUCGGGCUUUGUGCCGGCGCCGAGGUCACCUCAGAUCCUGCAGCUGGAGUGUCGCUGGCGCCCCGCCCUGCAGGUCACCUGCUCCCCAUCCCUGGGAGAGCAACAUGUGCAAAAGCCAGAGAGCCUUUGGCUAUAUGGAAUGACUUUAAAAUCAAGUGCAAAUAUCAUCAGGUGCUUUUUACGGAGGCAAGGGACCUGUGCCUCUCAAAAUAAACAUGUGGCAGUCACCCACCCGCUGAGAAAGGCACACAGGCAGGGCCAUUGUUCCGUGUCCUCCAGGUGAUGCCCUGGGAAAGGGCACAGCUGCCUGAGCCUUUAAAACCCCAGGGGGGACAGACAUUGCUGUGUGGAGUUGCGGCAGCUCCCGCUUGCGUUUCUUAGCCACUUCGUGAGUAUUUUUUAAGCAGCCAGAGGAGAGAACUAGUACUGAAGAAUACCAAUUCUUGGCAGAAUUCCUUACGAAAGGUUUCAGGUGAGUGUGCCUGGUGCUCCAAGGGCUGGGUGACUUGUGCUCAUAGGAGGUGGACGCCCGACCGCGAGAACCCUGGCCAGUCCCGUGGAGGGGGUAUCUGGAGCGUGAAGUGCAGUGAGCUGGCACUACACUGCCAGGGGCUUCCUGGGCUGGCGACCCUCGCGGAGCUCAUCUGCUGGCGGCUGAGGGGAUGAGGGGCACCAGGCUGACCGGGCUGCUGCUCGCCCUGGCUGGCCUGCUGCAGCUGGGCCUGUCCCUGGAGAUAGCAGCCUUCAACAUCCGCACCUUUGGGGAGACCAAGAUGUCCAACGCUACACUCUCCAGCUACAUUGUGCGGAUCGUGAGUCGUUAUGACAUCGUCCUCAUCCAGGAGGUCAGAGACAGCCACCUGGUGGCCGUGGGGAAGCUGCUGGACCGUCUUAACCAGGAUGACCCGAACAACUACCACUACGUGGUCAGUGAGCCGCUGGGCCGCAACAGCUACAAGGAGCGCUACCUCUUUGUGUUCAGACCCAACAAGGUGUCCGUGCUGGACACCUACCAGUACGACGAUGGCUGCGAGUCCUGCGGGAACGACAGCUUCAGCCGGGAGCCCGCUGUGGUCAAGUUCUCAUCCCCUUCCACCAAGGUCAAGGAGUUUGCUAUUGUUGCCCUGCACUCGGCCCCAUCGGACGCAGUGGCUGAGAUUAACUCUCUCUACGACGUCUACCUGGAUGUCCGGCAGAAGUGGGACUUGAAUGACAUCAUGUUGAUGGGCGAUUUCAACGCUGACUGCAGCUACGUGACCUCCUCGCAGUGGUCAUCCAUCCGCCUGCGCACGAGCUCCGCCUUCCAGUGGCUGAUUCCUGACAGUGCUGACACCACGGCUACGUCCACAAACUGCGCCUAUGACCGGAUCGUGGUCGCAGGGUCUUUGCUCCAGAGUUCUGUGGUUCCUGGCUCGGCUGCUCCCUUUGAUUUCCAAGCUGCAUAUGGAUUGAGCAAUGAGAUGGCCCUGGCCAUCAGUGACCAUUACCCGGUGGAGGUGACACUGACAUAAGUCCAUCCUGGGGUCUACGACCUCUGCCUCACGCCAGGAGCUGAAGACAGCUGACUCGUUGUCACAGUUAAGAGCAGAGGGUGGAGCUUAAGGAACCCAGUGCCUUCCCUCCCCCGUGAACCCCCAACCACCCCGCAGCAGCUGGAAUUUGAGGAGAGCACCUGACCCCCUUCCAUUAUAAGUGUGGCGGUUCUGUCACCAGAGCAGCCCAUCUUCUCAGUUGGGAAAGAAAGUCUAAAACUAAGAAAUGCCUUUUAAUUUAAAUAAAGCUCAAAAGGGGGUGUUGUCA